AUGGCGCCUCGUCUACCGAUACGAGUGGCCCUCCCCCGGCCGUCGGCCAUUCUCCCCCAGGGCGCAGCCCGACGGCUCAUCCUUCCACAGCUCAGGACGGCACCUCCCAGCCGCGGCGUGCACAACGGCUGGUCGACGGUUCCUCCUCGCUCCAAGCACCGCCGCUUCAACCAGGUCAACUCUGGGCUCCCGGCCCUCACCACCGGCCCCGCGGCGGCCCUCAAGCGCAGGGAGAACACGACACCUCUGCGGGCGGGCGUGCUGGCGACGAAAAAGGGCAUGACGAGCCUCUUUGUCGGCAAGACCCGCACCCCUUGCACCGUCCUCCAGCUCGACCAGGUGCAGGUGAUUGCCAACAAGACGCGGGAGCAGCACGGGUACUGGGCCGUCCAGGUCGGCUCCGGCACGAGGGCCGGUCGCAACGUCACGAGCCCCCUGCUCGGCUACUACGAAGCCAAGGGCAUCGCCCCCAAGAGCAAGCUCGGCGAGUUCAAGGUCCGGGAUGACAAGGGCCUGCUGCCCGUCGGUGCCCAGCUGCUGCCGGACUGGUUCCAGCUCGGCCAGUACGUCGACGUGCGAGCACGGUCCCGCGGCAUGGGCUUCGCCGGCGGCAUGAAACGGCACGGCUUCAAGGGCCAGGGCGCCUCGCACGGAAACUCCAAGAACCACCGAACGAUCGGCACGACAGGUCCCUCGCAGGGCAGCGGCAGCCGCGUCAUGCCGGGCAAGAAGAUGCCGGGCCGCAUGGGCAACGAGUGGGUGACGGUGCAGAACCUCAAGGUGCUCCAGGUCGACAACGAGCUGGGCGUCGUGCUGGUCAGCGGCGCCGUGCCGGGGCCCAAGGGACGGCUCGUCAAGCUGCAGGAUUCGAAGAAGCGGAAGGCGCCCGCGCUGCCGCACAGGGAGAAGGCGCUGAGGGAGCUCGGGGAGAGGCAACCGGAUGCGGACGCGCAGCUCGAGGCCGCUCGGCUGAGCCAUCUAGACAUGAAGGCCCAACGGCAGGCGAAGACGGCCGAGCUCUGA